GUGUUUUAGAAUAACUUCUUUAUCUUGUUUUUUCAAGUGUGACAUAGAAGGAUCUGCACCAAACCUAACCCUUACUUUGAAUCUCCCGACGAACGCUCCUCCGCUCCAGGAUAUCGUGGUCCAUCAUUGUGUGAGGUCUGUUGACCCUGCCAUGCUGAUGUCCACUAGUAUUGAGCCACUGGAUGAUUCUGUGUAUAAUGGACCUUACAAAUUUCCUUUCAUUCCUCCUUCAGAGUCCUUCAACUUGUGUUACUACACUUCCCAGGUUCCUGUUCCCCCAAUUCUGGGAUGUUAUCAGCUCAUUGAAGAGGGAUCCCAGUUAAAAAUAUCAGUUAAUUUAAAGCUUCAUGAAAGCAUAAAGAAUUCCUUUGAGUACUGUGAAGCUCGUAUACCUUUUUUCAACAGGGGCCCAAUUGCUCACUUAGAGUCCAAAGUUAGUCAUGGCCAACUGGAUUUGUCCCGAGAGAAGAGCCGACUGGUUUGGGUUAUUGGACAGAAAUUCCCCAAGUCUUUGGAAGUUUCUCUGACUGGAACUGUGUCUUUUGGCACUGCAGGCAAAGAGCACCCGACGGAUUACGUGUGCACUGGGAACACUGCUUACGUGAAACUGUAUUUUAGGAUCCCAGACUUUUCACUUACUGGCUGCUACGUAGACCAGCAUUCCAUUCAGAUCUUUGUACCAGGAAAACCCAAAAUUACUGCAUCCCGGGAACUGAUUGCUUCUGACUACUACAUCUGGAAUUCCAAAGCACCAGCACCUAUGGUGUACAAAACCUUACUUGACUAAUUUGCUUGUGAAUGUGUUUUGUAUUUUAAAAAAA